GCGGAGCCAUCCUGGUGCAUUGUGGGACAGAGACGUGCUGGCUAGGAGGAGGCUGGAGACUGAUGGCCCUGGAGACCGAACGCUGCUGACAGGGGCCGUGCAUGAGCGGAGGGAGAGCAAGAGCCCAGGUCCCAGGCUGUUGCGGGGUCUCUCCUGGUGGAGAAAAUGGCAGCUGAGCUGGAGCCCGUGGCAGCUGUGGACCUUCCCUGGGCAGCGCUGGUGCAGACCGAGGUGAAGAUGGAGAAGCAGGAUGCAGGAGGACUCAAGGCAGGAGCGGAGGGAGUAGGAAGAGUCUCUCGUGUCAUCCAGGCUGGGGCUGGUGGGGCAUCCCUGAGACGGUCAGCCCCGCAGCAUGUAACGCAGCAGCUGAAAGAUGAGCCGGUCCAACAGCAUGAGAUCCAGGGGCAGGAGGUGAAGCAGGCCAUGCAGACCUCUUUUGAGGCUAAGCUGCCCUUGGUGACUCCACAGCCGGCACUGGGGGAUGACCUCCCCAACCUAGAGACGUGGCGUCAACGUUUCCGCGGCCUCCGCUACCAGGCGGCUGCGGGGCCGCGGGAGGUGUGCAGCCGCCUGCGGGAGCUGUGCCGGGGCUGGCUGGAGCCCCAGCGCCGCAGCAAGGAGCAGAUGCUGGAGCUGGUGGUGCUGGAGCAGUUCCUGGCCGUCCUGCCCCGGGAGAUGCAGAGCUGGGAGUGGGAACGUGGCGUGCAGACCUGUGCCGAGGCCGUGACUCUGGCCGAGGGGUUUCAGCUGGGGCAGGCGGAGGACAAGGAGAUCCAGGGCACGGUGAAUGUGAAGGUCGAGGCGGUGUCUUCAGUCAAGACGCAGCCCACUGGGGCACUGCAGCAACCUGUUGAUGGCUGUCUGGAGCAGCCAAAGGCCCAUCCUGCGGACAUGCUUCUGGAGGAGGCAGGACAGAGGAAAAUCCCAGGGCCUCAGGACAAGCCUCUCUGUAUCCCAAAAGAAGAGCCCCUGCCCGAUGAGGAGUUGGAUUUCCCCAAAACCAAGGAGACCUGGGAGUUGUCAGGAAAUGAAAGCUCCUCAAGCCGAUGCCCCAGACGAGGCCUUUCCCCAGAAGCAGCAGGUGCAGGGACCCUGACCAGAGCUGACCAGCUGCCUCCUGAGGAAGGGCCUGUAAAGCUGGAGCUGCAGAGGACUUCCCCGGGGAGACUGGGAAAGGGCGGCUCUCUAACGUUUGAGCUGGACCAAGUGUGGCCGCGGCAGGGCAGGCCUUCCAAGCAGAGGGGGAGCAUGGAGCUCCGGGAUGCCUUUGAGGACGUGGCCGUGUACUUCACCCGGGAGGAGUGGGUGCUGCUGGACGAUGGAGACAAGGGUCUUUACCGGGACCAGAUGCUGAGGAAUUACCAAGCCCUUGUUUCCCUGGGUUACCGAGGUCCCACCCCUGACUUAAUCUGCCGCAUCCAGCAAGGAGAGGUGGAGCUCUGGGUCGGUGAUGAUGAGGACUGCGGGGAAAGCUCAAGGUUGGAGGACCUGCCUCCAGGAGGUGUCUGGCUGCUGAACAAAGCUGAGCAGCAGCCUCCUCCGGGACGGCCUGCAAACCUGGGGCCACCACAGACUCCCAUAGGGAGUUCGUAUGAGACGGACUCCCUGAGACCUGAGAAGGACCGAUGGCACAAGAGUCAGGGGAGACCGCAAAAGCAGAAGGGGAAUGAGUCGGUGAACCGGGUACCAUCUUCAGCUAGGCAGAAAGGCGGAGAAGGGACUCAACACAGAAAGAGGCCUGGGUGCAGGGAAAAAACUAUGGAGCUGAGAGACCUGAAGAGUCACAAGGCAAAGCUUCACUGGGGAGAGGCACUGCCUCCAAAUGAAACCAGUGUGAAGGGCCUCAGAGGGAAACAGGAGCUCACUGCAAAGUGCAGGGAGAGGACCCAUCCCUGCCCUGACUGCAGGAAAACUUUUAAUUGCCCAUCACUCCUGGCUUUGCACAAGAAAAAGCAUGCUAGGGAGAAGCCCCAUGUAUAUGCCAGGUGUGGGAAGAGCUUCCCUUGUCUCUCAACCCUGGCUGCUCAUUGCAAGGUCCAUUCUGGAGAGCUCCCCCACUGCUUCACCAAAUGCGGGAACAGCUUUGUGUGCAGCUCAAACCUGGGCAAGCACCGACACGUGCACAGGGAGAAGCAUCCGUAUUGCUGUGUUACGUGUAGUAAGACCUUCACCCAGUUCUUCUCCCUGGCUCAGCACCGGCACAUCCACUUGGGAAGGAAGACACACCGCUGCACCAAGUGCAGGAAGAACUUCAUCUGCUGGAAAGACCUGUCCCAGCACCGGUGCUGGCAGAAGGGGGAGCAGCCACACCACUGCAACACGUGCGGGAAGAGCUUCAGGCAUCCUUCCACCCUGGCCAGGCACAGGCGCAUGCACACGAGGGAAAAGAUGCAUCAGUACUCUGAAUAUCGUAAGAGCUUCACCAGGUCUUCCGUCCUGGCCAAGGACCAGCUCAGGCACACAGGGAAGAAGCCAUGUCUGUGCUCUGAUUGUGGGAAAACCUUUACCUGCCCUUCCCGUCUGGUCCGGCACCAGCGCAUCCACACAGGGGAGAAGCCUCACCAGUGCUCUGCAUGUGGGAAGAGCUUCACCCAGUCCUGCCACCUGGCCCGACACCAACUCAUCCACACAAGGGAGAAGCCACAUCAGUGCUCUGUGUGCGGGAAGAGCUUCACUGAAUCCUCCAGCUUGACCCAGCACCAUCGCAUCCACAGUGGGGAGAGGCCACAUAAGUGCUCUGUAUGUGGGAAGAGCUUCACUCAGUCCUCCAACUUGGCCCGGCACCAGCGCAUCCAUACAGGAGAGAAGCCACAUCACUGCUUCAAGUGUGGGAAAAGUUUCACUUCUUCCUCCCACCUGGCCCGGCACCAGCUCAUCCACACCGGGGAGAAGCCGUAUCAGUGCUCGGUGUGUAGGAAGAGCUUCACCCAGUCCUCCAGCCUGGCCCAACACCAGCGCAUCCACACAGGGGAGAAGCCACAUCAGUGCUCUAAGUGUGGGAAGAAAUUCACCCUCUUAUCCAGCCUGGCUCGGCACCAGCAUAUCCACACUGGGGAGAAACCACAUCAGUGCCCCGAGUGUGGAAAGAGCUUCAGCCGCUCCUUCCUCUUGCUCGAGCACCAGCGCAUCCACACUGGGGAGAGGCCACACCAGUGCCCCGAGUGUGGGAAGUGCUUCAUCUGUUCCUCCCACCUGGCCCGGCAUCAGCGUAUUCACACAAGGGAGAGGAAAUAUCAGUGCCUUAAGUGUGGAAAGAGCUUCACCCAGUCUGCCCACCUGGCCCGGCACCAGCGCAUCCACAGCUAGGAACAUCUGUAAUUCUGCCAGCAAUGCAAGAAGAGCUUGGGAAUGUCUACCUACUCAUCACACACAAGUUUCUGCAUUCAGGCAAGCAUCGUUAUCCUGGGGGGACUGCAGAAAGAGUUCACUCAGCCUUUGGAGCUGGUAGGAUAAUGAAGAACGCAAAGGGCCCGGAGGGCAUUGUGGGAGGGUGAAUGUGUCUCUCCGGCCUCACUCAGAGCUUGCCUGCCAUGACUUGAGAUGGGAGAGUUAUUCCCCGAGUGAGGUCAGAUACCAUUGACCACCCAGGUAGGAGUUUAACACGGUGUUACAUUGAUUGAGUGCUAGUUACCAAGUCUUACUUGGCCGUGCUUAUUGCUCGUUAGCAGGGAAGCAGUUUCUUCACUGCCCUGCCGAGCGGCACUUUUUCCCUUUAACCGGGCUGCGGUUCUGCCACCGCCUUGCCGAGCCUCUCGGGGCUUCCUCCCCCUAAUUCCCUUUUCCAACGUUUGACCUCCAGGCUCCCCGGCCUUUCUUUGGCUGCCCUCGUCACCUGCAACCCCUCAGGUAAGUACCCUGUUGUUCACCGGUCAGCCGUUGGCCUACAGUCCUUUGGGCGUAUGUGUGCCUGUUCUGCUUGUCAUCCACCAUGUAUUCCUCUCUUCCUUCAAGUGUCCCGAGGGCAAGGCUCAGUCCCUUGCUACCUGCUUUUUAAGCAUGGCAGCCACUUCCAUUUCCCUUAUCUCCACCCGGUGUGCCGAUCCUCAUCAGCUGGGCUUGGUCGGCUGCCUACCUUGUCCUUUUCAUGACCCUGUCCCCUUUGGCUACCCACGUCCCAUGACUUUUCCCCAAAUAAGGGAGGGUUUUUAUCUUACCACCCAUCCUCCAAGGCUUGUUUUGUGGGGAGGGGUUAAGAAGAAACACCUCAGGCAGAGGCCAGCCCAGAUGCUGAGAGGCUCCAAUCUUUGCAUCAUCCUUGGAGCCUGCGCAUUCCUCGUCAUACUCUAAAAGCAGUCUGAACUCCCAGGGGGAGAAGAAAUUCCUCCACAAAAGGGUGCCCUCCCUUAGACAACUGUCUCCAAAUCACACCUGGGGACUGUCCUUGGUUGCCUCUGUCACAGAAAGUCAUCCCAGUGUGUCCCCAAACUCUGCUAUCAGGCUUAUUACCUAUCUGACAAUUUGGUUAUCAUGGUUGCUGCAGAGGGCAGGCACCCCUGCCCCUAUCUGCUUCAGGUAGCCCUGAGUUGUAACCUGAGCUGGAUACGUUCCAGAGGGAGGGGGGAACUGCUCCCGUUGCCUACAUGACUGGCCUCACACACCUGCGUGGGGGCUUAAAAUCCCUGUUGUUCUACACAAUGACAUCAGGACUGGCAGCGGGGAUAGAGACCCUGCCAGUCUACCUGGCAACCAGUGAUGCAUUUCAAAUUGGUUGCCUGGUAGUCAACAACUGCUGGCCUUCAUUGGAUCAGGUAAAUGAUGUCAUAAGAUCUAUAUAAGUUAAAGACUGCCCAGGAGGAGGGGCGGCAGCCAUGAUGAAGACACUGAGAGCAGAUGAACCUGGGCACCUUGCUCUGUCUCUCAAAACACAUGGACACACUAUGAACUGCCCGCCUCCAGAGGAAAGCUCUGUCAGCCUCUGGAUGAUACGCGUGAGCAAGUUACUUGAAAGCUAACUAGAUAUAUAGCCUGCAGUAACAGAUGUGUGAUCAAAGGCUACCGUGCCACUGUUUGCUCUAAGGGUUAUUCUUUGAUAUUGCUCUACCCUGUACCCUCUUCCAAACCUACUCCUUGUAAUCAAUAAAGUUCUCCUCUGCA